CAGUGUGUCGUGAGAGUGUGUGUACACGGUGGUUGCUUCUCUCUCUGCCUUGGCCGAAUUGACACGUGCGUUGACAAAUCAAGUCCCGUGAAAGAGUUUCGAUCGCGAACAUUUGAACAUGGCCAAAGGAUCGGAUCACAGCUUAAGCGUAAGCUCGCAUGCCAAAAGCAAAAAUGAUGCGGUGGGAGCCGGCGGGCAGAGCCAAAGGCGAACAGCGGGCACGGUCAAACGAUUGCAAAUGUACCGUUGCUCCAAGCCUCGCCGUAACGCCCAGGGCAAAAUCAUCAAGCAAGCUCCGUUCCAAUCGUUUGUGGAGAGCGGGACGCGGGCCCGGAUCGAACCGGGUCGCUCGUGGUUCGCCAACACCAAGACCAUCUCCCAGCGGGUGCUCCAACAAUACCACGAAACCAUGAAAGAUCGCGGCGAUCAGAAGAGUUCGCAAGUCAUCCUCAAGAAGACGUCUCUGCCCUUGAGCAUGUUGGAAGAGAAAAAGAUAUCGCCCUUGGGCCAAGUGCCCAUGAUCCGGCAGACCAACUUCUCGCGCACCUUCGGCAAAAGCGCCACACGAAAACGCCCCAAAUUGGCCUUCCAGAACGUGUCGGAUCUGUUGGAACACGUGAAUGUGGUCAGUCAACGUGAACUCAAAGCUGAGCCCAAUCUAGACAUGGUGGAUUGUCCCCGGGAAUACAUCUUCGCCGCCGGACAGAGCAAACGCAUUUGGAACGAGCUGUACAAGGUGGUGGACAGUUCCGACGUGCUGAUCGAGGUGAUUGAUGCCCGCGAUCCGCUUGGCACGCGAUCCUAUCAGAUUGAGCAAUACCUCAAGAAGGAUAAGCCCACCAAGCAAUUGAUUCUUCUCAUGACCAAGAUCGACUUGAUUCCGCCUUGGCUCACGCAAAAAUGGCUGAAUCUGCUCAACGAAGAGUACCCCACGUUGGCCUUUCACGGCUCCGUGCGGAAUCCCUUUGGCAAGGGGGCCCUGUACAGCUUGUUGCGUCAGAUUUCAAAGUUCCGCAAUCAGAGUAACCAAAUCUCGGUGGGCUUCAUCGGCUAUCCCAACGUGGGCAAAAGUUCGGCCAUUAACGCGCUACGCGGCAAGAAGGUGUGCAACGUGGCGCCCAUUGCCGGCGAAACCAAAGUCUGGCAGUACAUCAAACUCAUGAAGAAGAUCUAUCUCAUCGACAGUCCGGGCGUGGUUCACCCCAGUGGGCAAGACUCGGAUGUGGCCAAAGUGUUGAAGGGUGUGGUGCGGGUGGAGCUAGUGGGUGAUCCGACCCAAUACAUCGAGAGCGUUCUCCAGACCGUCAAGCCUGAGCACAUUAAAAAGACGUACACCAUUCCGUCUUGGAGCGACGCUGAAGAUUUCCUCAAGAAAUUGGCCACCAAAUCCGGCAAGCUGCUCAAAGGUGGCGAACCUGAUCUCGUGGCCGUUUCUAAGAUGGUUUUGAACGAUUUUCAAAGAGGGAAACUGCCUUAUUUCAAGUUACCUCCCGGUUGCGUGCCUCCGGGACAAGGACAGGAUGCUGAAAAUAUCACCACCGCAUCGGGCAUGUUUGAGGUCACCGAGGCUAAAACAGACGAAGAAAACAUCGCGACGGAGGCUGACGUACCGACGAUAACUACGAAUAGCAAUGAUAGAGACAAUCAGACCCCCACGUAAACAGACAAGGCUCCCUAAUACAUUAUUUCGAAACGUCCCAUUCGUGAAUAUAGUACUUUCUGAUGAG